CCCAAAAAAACACCCACACACACACACAAAAAAAAAGAAAAAAGUACCAUGGGUGGAAAUUACAGUGAAUGUGGCUUUUGUCGAACCUCAACCUCAAUGUCCAAUCCUCUCAUCUUUUCCUUUGACACCCCUUCCAUGUCCGCCCUUCUCAAACCCUAACACUCUACUUUCUCUCUCCUCGGGAACCCAUCUCAUCCUCAGUUAUCGUCCUCGGCACAAAUUUAAAUGCAAUUUCUUUAAAAAUCGACAAUUGGUGUAAAAUGCUACACUGUUGAAUGUUUUAACAUUGGUGGCAAUGGCGGCUGAUCAGCGUAAAAGGCGAUUGAGUUCUAAUACUGCGGCGUUUGGUUAUGGAUUUCAAGAGCAGUAUAAUAAGGCGAAAAAGAGGGAUUUGAGAUCGCCUAAAUAUGAUUUUAAUUGUAAUACUCAUGUAUCUCUUAAAUGGGAUGAUAAUGGGAAGAAGGUUGUUGCUAAAGAGGAUCAAAUUGGGAUUUCUUGGAGACAUCUAGCUCCUUUUAAUCCUUCUGCUCCUUGUAGUAAUGCUAAGUUGGCCGAUGUUGUGACCGUUCCGAAGGAUGUCUUUGAGUUGAAUGAUUUGGCUGAUGUUCUUUCUUAUGAGGUUUGGCAAUCUGUUUUAACAGAAAAGGAGAGAAAUUUCCUUGUGCAGUUUCUUCCUCCUGGACCUGGAGCGGAUGGAGUUGUACAAGCUUUGUUUACUGGUGACAACUUCUGUUUUGGGAACCCUUUUCUCAAAUGGGGCUCUUCGCUUUGCUCUGGUGAUCUUCACCCUGAUACAAUUCUUCAACAUGAGAAGUCCUUUAAGACUAAUAAAAAAGCAUACUAUUCCGAGAUUCAACAAUAUCAUGACAACAUGAUAAGGAAUUUGCAGAACUUGAAGCAGAGAUGUGCAAGCUCAAAGGAUCCUGAAGCUGAAAUUCAACAGAUCAUGUCUAGCAGAUCACGAAGGCAUGAGAAGAUUAUUCUGUCUGAUGCAAACGGACACAAAUGUCACAAACCCGGUGAGAAUGUUGCUGCUAUGUCUGAAUCUUUGUCUUCAAUGGCAGAUGAGAAAUUAUACUAUAGUGACAACCAAAAGCUGUCUGUCAUUAGAGAUGCUGAGAUCCAGAAGAGGAUACGCAAUCAGGACCUUAAGGACAAACAUGAGAAGUCGAUGGUGCCUCCUAAUGGCUCUAAGGUUUCAUCAAAACCUAAGAAAGCAGAAAAAAUGCAGAAGCCCAACAUAACCCCUAAUGAUGGUGCCAAAUAUAUGUCUUACGUGAAGAUUAGCAAGAAGCAGCAUGAACUUGUUAAGAGUAUGAAGCAAUCUGGCUCAAGUAUUCAAUCUAAGGCUCUUACUCGUUUGCUAGGUGGCCUUGAUAGUUCCAAUGUUAAACCGUAUGAGAUGUUUGUGGAAGAAGAGCAGAAGAGAAUCCAUCAGUAUUGGUUGAAUCUGGGGAACAAAGAUCUUCCAACUGCUUUACAAAACUGGAGAAAGAAGCAAUUGGAGAAGCAACAAAUUAUGGAUUCUUUAUGUCAAGAAAUCAGAGAGAAAAUGGGGGUUCAGUCAAAGGACGAUAAUUUGGUCAAUCCUUAUGAUGAGGAUCCUACUCAUGAUGAGGAUGGGGAAGCAUUUCACGAGACUUCAGAUGACCACCAAGAUGAUGAUUCGGCGGCAAGUAAGGAUUCCAUGUCAGAUAAUGACAAAGAGGAUCCUGAUCCUUGCUCUUUAAAGAACGACUCUCCCUUGCAGAAUCUUCCUUUAAAUGUUAACGAAAAGUUUAAUCCAUCCUCUUCCAUGGAUACUGAACCAUUGCAGAAUCGUCCGGUAAAUGUCAAUGAAGAUUUUGAUCCUUCGUCUACUGUGGAAACCAAAUCAUUGCGGAAUAUUUCUCUAAAUAUCGAUGGUCAGUUCCACCGAUCUGCUUCCAUGGAGGCUAAAUUAUUGCAGAAUCCUCCUUUAAAUGGUAAGGACCAGUUUGAUCAAUCUGCUUCCGUGGAGAAUCAACCCUUGCAGCAUCCUCCUCUAAAUAUCAAAGAGGAGCUUGAUCCAUCGGCCUCCAUAGGGAAUCAAUCUUUGCAGCAUCCUCCUUUAAAUGUCAACGAUCCAUCCUGCAUGGAGAAUCCCAACAAGAUUUUUGAUCCCUCUUCAAAUUCAAUAGAGAAUAAAUCCUCAUUGGGGAAUCGUUCUUUAAAUGAAAAUGAGGAUUUUACUCCUAUGGAUCUAAAUGCAGAAGAUAAUCCUGUUACUUCUGAAACAAGUGGCCGAUGUUCCAUUCCUAACCAGCGUAUUGCACUGACAUCUGUAGCAUCUCAUACCAUGUCACACCGUGGGACUCAUAACUCUGCUACUGCUUCUAAUGCUGCUGGGGUAAUGUCAUUGUCUGGCUCAUCACUGAAGAACAUGUGGUCUUCAAUUGGAUUUCCUGAAUCUUAUCAUGCUCAUCCAACUACUUUGCAUGCUGGUUCUGGUGGACUCCGUCUCAGGCAUCCACAAGUAGUUCCAGAACAGCCAACCCAUUUAAUUGAUCUUGAGUCUGAUAUUCCUGAAGAAGACACUACCAAAGAUCUGUUAAACAGGCAUACAAGCCAUAUGCCUUUCUUCAAUCCUUAUCCAAAUAGAGACAGAAAUGAGCUGCUGCAUUCUCUAAUAAAGCGUGACAAUUUUCAUCAGGAACCAGUAAAGCAGCCUAGCUCUGAGUUCCAUCCAACUAAUGUUAUCAUGGGGUCUGCCUUCCCUAGCCACUUUCGGGAGCCGUUGCAGCCACCUUUUGGAUUGGAUCAUCAUAGGCAUAAAGCACAGAGUGAGCUAUAUAUGCAUCAGAACAUUCAGGAUAGAAUUUACUCUGAUAACAAUAGGUAUUCUGUUCAAGGGCCACAAAAUUUUCCAACCCUGAACGCGAGAGAUUGGAGUAAUUCCCGUAUUUCAAACCCAAGUCUGCCUCCUCAAUUGGGUUCUGGGGAAAUGUUAAAUCAAAGCUGGUAUGGUAACGAAAGCAGAGCUCAUGGUGGCUGGUCAACGACAACGUCGGAUGCUACAGUUUUCCCAGCCCCGAAUCUUGGAAGUGGUAGCAGUAACGACCAGAGCCUCUAUAGUGUACUGUCACAAUGCAAUUUGCGUCCCCGGGUCCCAUACAGCACUGUGGGGUCCACUGAGCAAAUGAUCUCACCGACAAAUUAUGGACAAGAAAUAGCUGUAGGAAUCCCCAUGACAAGCAGUGGUUUGGCGCAAACAGGCUCUCCAUUUGACUACUUGAGUGGUGGUGAAGCUUCUUCCACUACCUUGAAGAACCCCAACAUGGGGUGGAUGGGCUUGGGGCAUCAACCUUCGUCGUUACAUGAUCCUUCUGGAAAGCCAUUCUUAAAAUCUUGGAAUCAAUGAGUUGGAAGUUGGAACUGAGCUUCCAUGGAAGUACCAAGGGAGUGGAGUUUUGGCCAGUCAUAAGGAGAGAUAGGAUCAUAGGCACGCUGUACAUAUACCUAUACAACAGCUGAGACCCACACCAUGUAUAUACCUAGUUGUUAGUAGUAGGUAUCCAAGGAAAAUAUGUUACAACAGGCAAUUUCUUGUAUUUUUAUUCUGAAUUUUUUUUGUUGGAAUUUGAUGGUUAGAGGUCUGCUUGGUGUCAGACAGAUAUGUUGAGGGUAAAAUUUUCACAUAAAGGUAGAUUGCUGUAUGCAUUAGUAUCACAACUCUUCAGUAUGGCAUUCCAGCUAUGAGAAUAAAUUUCUUGCCUAUUUUACUA